AGGGUGCGGGGAGAGGACAGGGCUACAAACAGAGGUGGUUCAGGACUGAAGGGAGACCUACUCUUCUAUUUCAAGGUGGACGAGUUGGGAGGAUGGGAGUCGUGUGGAGAGCCGGUGGGGGUGAUUGUUUUAGAGAGAUGUUGUGUGGAGAGGAUUCAUCACGACACACGACCUUAUUCCUUCGUCCUCGCAUUUGAGAAUGAUGACUCCAGGACAUAUGUCCUCAGUGCCUUCUCACAGCCUGAGCUAGACUCCUGGAUACUUGCCGUCCGCAUGUCAAGCUAUGAGGGUCUAAAGGCCAUGUACUACGAACUCACCAACAAGAUUAACACCCUCACUGGAAAGGUAGUGAUGCAGCUACUAGUAUCAACAGCAUGGACAGCCUCUUUCUCUGUGAGGACAGCUACAGAUCUUGGAGAGAGCUGGCCAUUUCCAGUUACUGUGAGCAGCUGAGUCUAAUGCAGAGACUGAGACAUGAAGUGGUGCUACUCCACGGCAAGCUGGAGAAUUGAGAGGCUGAGAUUGAGACACUAAAACAACAGUUGGAGGAAGCAAAGAGAGAAAAAUCUGUCGUAGAAUUAGAGUUUUCUAACUAUCGCAAACGCACCCAGAAGCUGAUGUGUGAUGCUGCAGUUGACAAAACAGAGCAAUGGCUGGAUUCAUUAUCAUCAAACUGAAAUGAAAUUAGUUAUAUACACAAAUACUAAUCCGCCAUUGGCCCAUUGUGCAGCAUUCAGGGUCCUCAUCUAUGCAAUUAGCGGCAAAAUUUUGUUUUCACAGAAGCUGAUGUGCGAGGCUGCAGUUGACAAGACGGAGCAGUGGCUGGAAUCAUUAUCAUCAAACUGAUUAUCAUAAUGUCCUAUACUUCCUAUACUUAUAGUACUCACUAUGCUAGCUUCAUCUCUGGUCAAUGGUUCUUUGCCUUGAAAUCAAAGUACACCGCUGUGUUAGCAGAGGACUAGCAAUAUAGCUGGUAGAGUCACUUCGUUGUCAGGUGUGUCUGCCUCAAAGAUAACAUUCUCAUUGUUUGGUCAAAUAAAGCAUGUGUACACAAACUUAGCUACAAUGCAAAUAUAA